UCAGUUCGCGACAUACUUUCAAUAGGCAUACUUUCUAUUCUAGAUUGGUUACCUUGUGCUGGGAGUCAAAUGAUCAGUGACUGAGUACAGACCAUGCUGCAAAAAAUACAACGUCGAACAUGACCGACGCAGCAGCAGCAUCGUGACCGAAAUUUCAGUGCUUGUAUGCUGUGAAUUCCGGCGUCUGCGAUUCGGUGCAUGGUGCCAAUUUUUCGGCGAGGAGUUGAUAUUUCUUGAUGUGGGGAUGAAAAGAAAAUGUUGCACAACAUUUCUUCAAACAUUUUUCACAUCAAAGUAAUUUGAAAAUUCAGCCUUAUAUGGCCUGGCGUUAGUUGGAUUGUUGUGUAGGUAUUUGCUGCACAUGGGAUGUAUUUUUUGUAGGCUGAGAUGCAGGGGCAUGUACAGGAUUUCCCAAUGGGUGUGUUGAGAUGGGGAGUUUGGGGGGGGGACAAGUGCAACAGAAAAUCUUCAUGGAAAAAACAGUCAGGUGCACUAAAGGCACAUAAUAGCAAUGAUCACAGCUUAAAAAUGCAUAUUCUCAAUGUGGUUAUUUUACCUGUGUAGCAUGUUACAUUGGGCCAUAUUUAUUCUCUCAAGUGUAUUAAUCCUUACCUUUCCUUACCUUAUGGUGAUCAGGAAUUAUAAUAGGCCACUAGACCUGUAGGUCCCAGUCUUGUCAGGCUGCUGAUCCAGUAACCAAACAGUCUCAAAUUAUGGGAAGAUUCAGUGUGGUUACUUGAUAGGGGAGGGUGCAUUUUCCCCCAGUACCCCCUUGAACAUGCCACUGAUUCAGUUAUCUCACAUUAACAUCAAAGAAAGGCCAAGUUAAAAAGUUGGUAUGGCAUCUAAGCACACCUACCAGACCAUACUCUCUGCCUGCAGUUGGCACAAACAAUGGCUUAGUUUGAUAGAACUGUAGGUUUAUGCCUGACGGUAAUGCAUUUAUUCCAGUAUUUUGUAGCUCUCUUGUGUCUGUAUUGAAAUCAUGUGUUAGAAAGCUUGAAUCAUUUCCUUCUGCAGGCUGAGGCUUCAUAAGCAUUUGAUUUCAAAAUUCCAUCCAUCAUUCCACAUAUGUUGGAAUCUCAUGCCACAAAGGGAUUGACAGAGCAGGCAAAGAGAGGGCUUUUCUCAGUUUAAUAAACUAUCCACUAUUCUUAGAUGUGCCUUUGCCUUAAGUUUGAGAUACUUUUGGAGAUGUCAACAACAUUUAUCUUGCAUACAGUUUCAUUAAACAUGCAUUGGGCUGCUGCUCUUUGUAUUGAUUAUAUGGCUUUUCCCAUGAUCUCUGUAUUUGUAUGUCCUUAUCUUCUUGGUAGCCAGCUAGUACCUAUCUCUUAUAGAACUACCUGCAUAAGAAUGCUCAUAUUUGAGACAUAUGGUUGCUAUUGAGUUGGACUGUGCAGUUUAAUUUGCCCAGCAGUGGUAAGCUCAAUUCUAGCUCUGACACUUUAACUUUGACAUUUAGCCUACUUAACUCUACCCAAUAUCUGCCAAUAACAAAAUCUAAAUGCUUGAAAUAGGAUGCCUAUUCCACCUGUGUCAAGUGUGCAUUUGAAGUACCAUGUUCCUUGGUAUGGAGUGCAAUGCACAAGACAUUUUCACAUCACUAGGUAUAUGUAAAAUCUUGGAUUGAAUUGGCAACAUUUGGUCAGUGACGCCCUGAUUUGUGUCCAGGCAGUUGAACACCCAGUAGUAAAUGUAUGUUCCUGACCAUUGGUACCUGCCCAUGGUCCUAAGUUUCCACUGAUUACUGCAGAGCUACCUAUAACAGGUGAUGCACUCUUCUAUAAGGGGUAAUUUAAGGGAAAUGUAAAAUGUCAUUUUAUUAGGUUUUAUUUGGUCUAUGGUCAAUGACAGUAUUUGCAGUCCUCAUGAGCCAAUUGGAAGACUUCACACAUCCCUCCUGAGCGAGUCCAGCCGCGGCCGCUGAGAUGCCGGACCAGACGCUGAAGGAGCUGGACCGCAUUGUGCGACGCGUGGUACGCGGAGAGACGGGCUUCACGCUCGAUCAGGUGGUCGAGGCCGUCGCCGAGAUCCUCAUCGACGAGUCCACGCUGGCCGUCUGUUUCGACGUGCACAAGGCGGCCAAGACAGGCGCCAUGGAGGCCGAGGGUCUGGACGCCGACGAGCCAGGCGAGUUCCGCAUCGUCGAGACGCCGGGCCUGGACGUGCUGGGCCAGCCGGAGCAGAUGAAGCGGCCGCCGGACGCCAAGUGCCCCGUUUGCGCGCGCAGCAUCGCCUGCACCAGGUUCGCGCCGCACCUGGAGAAGUGCGUCGGCCUCGGGCGCAACUCGUCCCGGCUGGCCAGCAAGCGCAUCGCCAGCAACCAGCGCGAGACCAACUACGGCCUGAGCGAGGACGAGGACGAGGAGGAGUGGGCCGGCGAGCGCAAGAAGAAGAAGCGCGACAAGCUGUCGCCGCGCAGGAACAAGAGUGGCCCGCAAGAAUGGCGGCGGCGACAAGGACUCGGACACCAAGUCGAACCCGUCCAACCCGUCCUCGUCGCCGUCCACGCCCGAGCAGGCCAUCCAGUUCGAGCAGCUGACCGAGGAGGAGCGCAAGGUGCUCUUCAGCCAGUUGUGUUCCGGUCAGUGUGUCAGUGCCGCACGCUGCCCGGCGCGGCGACCCACCCCCAUCACUCUGACGGCGCCACCUGCCGCCAGGUGUGCGGCGUCAUCUCGGAGAGCACGCGGCACAUGUGCACGCGCUCGGUGCGCUGUCAGCAGCACUCGGACACGCAGCGACGCACCGUGCGCACGGCGCUGUUUGGCGACGCCUGCGAGCUGGCGCCGCCCUGCGCCGAGCCGCUGGAGGAGGGCGCGCUCAAGGACAGCCUCAGCAAGCUCUGGGAGAAGGCGUCGCGCGCCUCGUCGCCGGCCGACUCCACCUCGACCGUCGCGUCGGUCGGCUCGACCAAGCGCACCAAGGGCAAGCGUGGCAAGGCCAAGAAGCUGAAGGUGCACGUGUCGCAGCCGAGCAGCGUGUGAGAAGGUUCGGCCGGCCGCUUCUUGGGGACCGUCGACAGAGCGCCGGGGGAGCGUUGGAGAAGAGCUGGAGGAGUGCCGGCGGAGCGGUGCGCGA